CCGGCUUACCGCAUUCCGCGUUCAACGCUCAACCCAAACACAUCUACUCGCUUACACAAUGUCUACCAUGUCUUACGAUAUCGCGUAUCCGAUCUCGGAAGAUCCACAACCGGUCUCGCGCACUUAUCAAUAUCGCAAAGUGAUGAAACCGAUGCUUGAGCGCAAAAGACGUGCUCGCAUCAACCGCUGUCUUGACGAAUUAAAGGAGUUAAUGGUCAGCGCACUCCAGUCGGAGGGUGAAAAUGUCGCCAAGUUGGAAAAAGCCGAUAUUUUGGAAUUGACUGUCCGUCAUCUUCACAAGCUUCGCCGUCAGCGUCGCCUGUCACUGAACCCUUCAGUGGACGCUGACCGUUUCAGAGCUGGAUUUACUCAUGCAGCAAAUGAAGUUUCCCGCUGCUUGGCCUCAAUCCCUGGUGUUGACGUGAGGCUGGGAACUCAGCUGAUGACUCACUUGGGCCACAGACUCAACGACAUCCAGCGCGCGGCAGGCACUGACACGCCUCCUGCCAGCCCGCCCAGCCCUGCUCUAUCCACGGUGUCUUCCUCUUCUGGCUACGUGACACCUUCUCCACCAGCCUCUCCAAUGCCAGUGCACACCGCUGUUCCCCUGGACUGCACCACAAACAGCUUCUCCAAGAGCUCAGUAUGGAGGCCCUGGUAAAGCGCAGUGGCAGGAGCGGGCGGACCCGGCUCCACGGUAUAUCUGUUCAACGCCGUUCGGAGUCGCCAGCCCUGCAAGUGUCCGCCUUCAUCCGACGACUUAGUGCUACGUGACUUGAUAACUUAGAUCUCACAUCUUAUUAGUGUAGGUUUUAAAACCUUUUAGUUCGUAAGUUGAACUCAAAGCUUUAAACAGAAUAGUUUUUAAGAAUAUUGUGAUAUUAAAGUUUAAUUUUAUUGUAUAGAUGUAUCGAGCCCGACAGACUUAGAGUGGGUUCGGAUUGUUAUUUUAUUAUCGUUAAAAAGAUUUCACGGAAAAGUGAACAAUGAAGAAACAGUUUAAUAAAAAAUAUUUUUCAAUUAUA